UUAUACUCAUUGUAUAUGCAUAACAUUUAUGCAUAACUAAGUUCAAAGCAUUUGAAAACAGAUAACGUGUUUUAUCCACUGACAAAGCUGUUAAACAUUAUUAUGUAACCGAUACAAGGUAGGAAAAAAAACAUUUCAAUUAUUUGUUCAGUUCACUCAUGCCAUGGAGACCCCUGUCUUAUGCACAUGAAUGGUUUAAAGCUGCUUCUCACUUGAUAAACAGUAACGGGACACUAAUGUGAUGUGGAAUGAAACACUCUGACAACUGAAAUCAGUAGAUGUUUGAGUCAACUUUAAAGUCCAGGUGCAAAGACAUUAUUUAUUCAGUUUGGUCACUGAGUCUGAGCUCUUAAUUUAGCUCUCAAGAAAGUGCACCAGGUUGAUUAAUUUCACUUUUGAUCCUAGAGGUUCCAAAUAUUCACAUAAAUAGUUGGUUUGGUCUAUAAGCUCUUCACGAUAUGAAGUUCUCUCUCAGUUUAUUCUCUCUGUCUCAGGCAGUAUUAAAGGGACAAACACACUCCUGGAGGUUUCUGCCCAGGGGAUCCGGGGACGUCAAGAAGUUGCUGUUGCUAGAGGCUUGCAGUCACUUCCACUCCAAGACUGUCCUGCAUAGACUUAAAAUUUACUCAGUUUAUGAAUCGGAGUCCCUCACACACACAGUCAAGCCUAUAUACAAACAUUCAACAGACACCUGUCAUACACGCAUACCAUUCAUACAUACGCCGUCAUGGCCAAUAUUUAUCCAUACGGCUGCUUCACGCAUGCUGUGGUCCGAGGUAUCCCAGAAUCCUUUGGGAAGUUGGCGGAGGGCGGAGAAGGGUUUCAGACGGACCUCGCCAAGGCCCAGCGUCAGAUGGGGGUGCUGACAGGCGCGCUGAGGCAGAAGUUGGGGCUGCAGUUGAUAGAAAUCCCAGCAGUCUCCGAGCUGCCGGAGAGCUGGAGGAUCGAAGACGUGGCUGUGAUCCAAGGUGACACGGCGCUCAUCACACGACCCCUCAAACAGCAGAGACGCGAUGAGGCGGAGGCGGUGAGGCGCGUCCUGAGCGAGCUGAAGCUGACGGUGCUGGAGAUGGGCGACGAGGAGGGCGGGUCUGCUGGAGCCACUCUAGAAGGAAGUGAUGUCCUCUUCACUGGAAAAGAGUUCUUCGUAGGCAUUUCGAAACACACCAAUCACCGUGGGGCAGAAGUUUUGGCUGACACCUUCAAGGACUUUGCAGUGUCCACUGUGCCAGUGUGUGGAGGCUCUCGUCUGAAGAACAUCUGCUCCAUGGGUGGCCCUGAUACCAUCAUCAUCAGCAGCAGUGACGGGGCCAAGAAAACACUCAGAGUGAUGGAGCAGCUGACUGACCAUCACUAUGAGAUCUUGUCUGUACCCGAGGAUGUCGCUGCUAACUGCAUUUACAUCAGAGGUCCUGCUAAAGUGGACUUCCUCCUGCACCCCACAGUGGAGGAGUGUCCCAACAGUAUUCCU